AUCAAGGAACUGAGACGACACGAAGAAGAGACGUAGAGUCGUAUAUAAAUAAACAGUCUCACGUAGCUACUACAUGCAAAUUUUGCACUAGCAAUAAUAACAGUUUCUUACUGAUGUGAAAAUGAUAAAUGAAGAAAACUUUAGGGAUGGCGUUCGUGAGAUGAGGUCGCAACCCAGCCGUGGAUUAAGCUUCGUUCGAUUUUGCAAUCAUACUCAAAGAAAAGUUGAAGUAAUAUGGAUGAAUUAUGAAGGUGCAAGAGUGAAAUAUAAAACUUUAGAACCAGAAGAAUUUUUUGACGUAAACACAUAUGUGGCUCAUCCUUGGCUAUUUCAAGAUGCAUUGACACAUGAAAGGUUAAAUGCAAAUUCAAAAGAUGUAUUUCAACCAAAUGCAUGGUAUGAGCAAUAUCUUCCAGACUUGCAAAGUGGGAAAAUUAAUCCUCAAGACAUAAAACCCAAACGAGUUACUGUCAACAUUACAAGCCCUCUAUAUUCUCUAAAAUAUUCUGCUAUGCAUGCCAUUAGAAAGACGAUAAAAGAUUACAAUCAUGUUCAUCAGCUAGAAAUCCCUAGGCAGUUGCAAAAUGAUCUAGUGGUGCUCAUGAAAUCAUCAAGAAUUAAGAAUACUAUAUAAUUGGUCCAGCGAUUCAAUUGACAACUUGGAUGUACAUUUAUUCUAUCGACGGAAUAUCAUUUAUUCUUCCCAUAAGAGUUCCGGGCUAACUGGUUUGUUUUCAAUUGGUUUAAUUAGCUGUGAUAGCUCUAACUGUGCGUAAUCUUAAGCAUUAAAACAUAGCGCUAGCAAUGAGACUUUGAAAUUUGAAUCAACACAUCGGCCAUUUUUUUAUUUAACUUUUUUGCUAUUAUAAUCUUCGCUAGAAAUAGAUAAGAGUAUUGUGGUAUUUGAGUAACAGCUUAGCAACAUCUCCAGAUUGACUUAAUGAUUUUAUUUAAAUAACAUCACAACUACGUGAAAAAUGCGAUUUCAUUCUCAGAGCAGUGAAAGGAAAAUCGAACCACAGUAUACACACGAAUGGUUUUACUUUGGGAUGUACUUCAUAUUUUUGAGUUCAUGAGAGAGCCACAAGGCAGUUGAGAGCAACACCAAGGAACCAGCUUGAUGUGAAGACGCCAACGGUGUGGGAACAUAAAGGAGAAGAGUUGCGAUUCCAAGAGAAGCCUGCGGAAAACGACCUUUUUUGUUAUUGCUGACAAACACAUGCAACAAUAUUUGUUAUGUGUACCUGCAUCCACGCCAUAGCAGCCAGUGCAUUGGCAGCAUAUCGCGCUCGAGGUGGAAGUACGAUGCGACGUGACAAAAGCCAUACAGACGAUAAUAAGAGGACGGUAAAAUGCCCCUAGUACGAUGGUCAAACUGAACAGUAGAAGGAUUUUCAGUGAAAUUCCUGAUUUUAGGUGUCAAGGCUAGCCAAUCUUGAGGUAAGAAUCGUCCAGCCAUCAAGGGAUAUGAGUUGUAAACCAGACCAGCAUCCAAUCCUGCUACAAAUGCUCC